UCCUUCCCUGCGCCGUGCUGAGCUGGAAAAUGGCUGUGUGCUGGAGAAGAGAGUUAUGAACGGGAAAAGAAAGAACGAGCGAAGAAAAGACACCGAAGUAAGACGCGAACCAAAGAGCUUUCUAGAAAUUUAACCCUCACCGAGAAGUUGUUGCCUGCAGACGAGCCACCACACAGACUCCUGUCUGCGACUUUUGCUGCGAAGCCCCCCAAAAAGUGCGGAGAGUCGAGAAAUAUCCGCGGGUUGGUCGUUAUUCCUGUCCUGAACAUGUGGGAUAACUGAAAGAGAGGAUUAAAGACCUUCCCACCCUGGCACUCGUCCUCCAAUCAGGUCACUUGAUUUGACCGUGGAGAGCCAACGACACAGGGCCCAUCAGUGGGAAAAUCCUUUUCCAGGCUGUUACAGUAGCACCCAGCCAGCAGGUUUUUGCUGCUUGAAAAAGCAUGUUGCCAACGCGCUCCCUCUGCUCCAUCAUCUGGCUCAACCGGGGUAUCAAGCUGAGGAAAGUGCACCAGUCCACCAACACCGGUCAGGUGUAAAGCCACUGCAGACAUAACAGCAGCAGAGCACCUCAUUAUUAACUUUUAAAAAUGCUGCUGAGCUUCGGGUGACUUCCCCUCCUCCUUUCGUCCCCCCGACCCUCUAAGCCACUGUACCAACACCGGACUUUAGUAACUCAGCCACAAUUUUGGUUUCAGAGGUGGAUUUUUGUCUAGCCUAACCCUGUUGUUACAGCGGGACUCGGGCUGAAACAUCUAAUCCUCUAAGCCGUGGCCAUUUUACUUUUUGCCUCUGUCACAAAAUGGCGACGGAAGGUUUCCAGUACCGUGCCCUCUACACAUUUACCAAGGACCAGGAAGAGGACUUGGAUCUGCAGCCUGGAGACCUCCUUACAGUCAGCAAGGCCUCUCUGAUGUCCGUGGAGAACUACCAGGAGGGCUGUGCGGAGCAUCCUGAGCAUCUGGGCUGGCUCCUCGGGUACAACGAGCGCACCAAGCAGAGAGGCGACUUCCCGGGGACGUAUGUUGAGUAUGUGGGCCCCAUUAAGAUGGUACUCCCAUCGACUCAACCAAGGUCCCAGCGACCCCUCCCUGCUGCACCCAGACCAGAGUCACCUCAAGCUGUUCCUGUGCCGGACCUGAGCGAGCAGUUCACACCACCAGAGACGGCUCCCCCAGCCCUCGUCAGCCUCAUCCAAGCCAUAGAAAAGAGAGGUCUUGACUGCAAGACAUUGUAUAGGACACCUAGCUCCUCAGGUUCAGAUAGCCCAGUGUACAGCCUGUGCUCUGAGAAUGACAUGGUUCAGAAGGAUGUAGGCUUCCUAUCUGAGAGUGUCCUGCAAUACCUGAGAGACCUUCCAUCACCUGUCAUCCCUGCCUGUAUCUACCCUCACCUACAAACUGCACUCAUGCAGCAGCAGCAGGCCCUACAGCUGUCAGCAGAUGGUGCAGUAGCUGGAAGCCAUGACAGAGAGGUAAGCCUGGUCCUUGAGAACUCCACCACCGUCCCUCUCCAUCACCGUCUCACCCUGCAGUACCUCCUCACGCACCUGGUCAAGGUCACUCAGGCUCAGGCAAGCAGUGGCCUGGACACACACACGCUGGGAAUGAUCUUUGGCCCUCUGCUGAUCCGGACAGGUCCUUCUACUGCUUGGUUUCCAGUGGAUGAGGAGUUCCCCACCUUGGUGGUAGAGAAGCUGUUGAUAGAAAGAACCACAGAGCAAGACCUCACUCCUCCGGUUCUUCCAGCAAAGCCUGUGAAGUCAAAAAUGCCACCAUCAGCCAUGACAGAUACAAGCAGCCUGCUGAACGAUGCUGAGUGGUACUGGGGAGAAAUUUCCAGAGAGGAGGUGAAUGAGAAAAUGCGAGACACUCCAGACGGCACCUUUCUGGUCCGAGAUGCUUCAAGUAAACUGGAGGGCGAGUACACUCUUACACUCAGGAAAGGGGGGAACAACAAGCUUAUAAAGAUUUAUCACAGAGAAGGGAGGUACGGUUUCUCAGAGCCUCUGACCUUCCUGUCUGUAGUGGAGCUCAUCAAUCACUACCGCCACGAGUCACUGGCCCAAUACAACGCCAAGCUGGACACAAAGCUUCUGUAUCCCAUCUCCAAAUACCAGCAGCUGGUGAAGGAGAACAGUAUAGAGGAGGUUGGAGAACAACUGAAGAUCUAUCAUGAGCAAUACCAGGAGAAGAGCCGCGAGUACGACUCUCUGUAUGAGGAAUACACACGCACCUCACAGGAGCUGCAGAUGAAACGCACAGCCAUCGAAGCCUUCAACGAGACCAUCAAGAUCUUUGAAGAGCAGUUUGAGACUCAGGAGCGGUACAGCAAAGAAUCUUUGGAGCGAUUCCAGCGCGAGGGCAACGAAAAGGAAAUACAAAAGAUCCAGAGCAACUCAGAGCGUUUGAAAUCUCGUGUGAAGGAGAUCCAUGACAGCAAGCGUAAGCUGGAGCAGGACCUGAGACAGCAGGUCUCUGAUAACAGAGAGAUUGACAAGAAGAUGAACAGCCUCAAGCCAGAUCUCAUGCAGCUUCGCAAGAUCAGGGACCAGUACUUGAUAUGGUUGACGCAGAAGGGGACAAGGCAGAAGAAGAUCAAUGAAUGGCUGGGCAUAAAGAAUGAUGCUGAUGACUCCUACUCACUGGAAGAGGAUGAGGGCUCACCCCACCAUGAUGAGUGUACCUGGUACGUGGGCGAUAUCAAGCGCACCCAGGCCGAGGAAAUGCUGAGAGGCAAAUGUGACGGAACCUUUCUCAUCCGUGAGAGCCAAUCACAGAAGGGCUCGUAUGCCUGCUCUGUAGUCGUGGAUGGUGACACCAAGCACUGCGUCAUCUACAAGACAGCCACAGGGUAUGGAUUCGCCGAGCCCUACAAUCUGUAUUCGUCCCUCAAAGACCUCGUGCUGCACUACAAAAAUGUCUCGUUGGUCCAACACAACGACCAGCUGAAUGUAAAUCUAGCCUACCCAGUCCUGGCCCGCUCCCAGAAUCAGAACCAGCACCACAGAUGAAUUAUUCACCAGCAGCAGAGGACACCCGCCAGAGUGGGAAAAUUAGACAAACACAAUUGGGGAAAAAAUGAGGAACUCUGCACAAUUCUUGCUCCUGUGGCAGGUAAACCGGACUCAAUAGCCAGGAAUAAAAAAACAAACAAAAAUGAUGUAUUUUUGGCCAGAGACUGAUGCCACUUUCCCACACCAACCUCAGUCCAGCAAAGAGCACUCCUAGUUAACAGCAUGGCUUCAUAAUAAGCACACUACUACUGAUAACGGGGCACUGUACAGUUAGCCUGACUGAUGCAGUCAGUGGUGCAUUAGCCAGGCCAUGCUGUCCAGUGUUAGUUAUGGAAAAAAAAGUGAGAAAUUCACAAUAAAAUUCACUUAUUCAGGAAAAAAAAAGACUAAAUCAAAGGAAGGCACGCAAUUAAAAAAAAAUUUUUUUUCCAAGAUCUCUGAAAAGUGGAGAGACCAGAUGGUGGGAUGAUGGUAAAAUUUACAGGAGGCAUGUUUGUUUUUGAGGGAAAUGGAGGGUGGGGUUGUUUUUUGGUUUUUUUGCCUUUAAUGCGAGCUAAAUGUCCACAGACAAAGGCCCGAUCUGUCAUUUCCAGACUGCCUGCAAACUCUCCAUAGACAAAAGCCUGAGCUGUCAUCCGCUGAAAUUACUGGCUUGCCUAAACCAGGCUGUCCACUUCACACCUAAAGGCAGCUGAGAAAAAAAAAAAAUGGGCUGGGUGAGUGUAGUCACUGGAGACUGAGGGGGAUACAGGGUGGAGGGGUUUGCUGUUUCAGGGGUUUUAAAACAGAUUGAUUCAAUUAAAAGCUUGCGUAAGUGCCAUAGUAAUAGCUUUGAAUGACCACAAGCCUGUGUCACUAGAAUAAGGGAGCACGUUGAGGUUACGAGGCAGAAGAAAGGGAGGGAGUAAACGGUUGUCGACAUAGACAAAGCUACAGCUUUAAAAAAAAUACAUACAUACAUACACAUAGGCAUAUUUUUUAUGAAAUGAUCUUCAUUUCCAACAGCUUUGGCUUUUUGCUGUCUUUCUCAGUGGGUGUCAUUUUGAUCUGACGAGGUACAAAGUACAGUAAAUGCUGUAUAACAGGAUAAAAAUGCAUGGUACAUAUUUGGUAUAUUGUGAAUAUAGAAUUACUUUUUAAUCACAAUACACUAGAUGGAGAGGUACAUUGAUAAAUGCAGUUCCACAUGAUUCAGGUUUCCUGUUAAAUGGAAAUGGUGGAAAUACUCCUGCGUCUCUUCGUUUCAGACGUCUGUCUUCAUCCUCUGUAAUACUGUAGCACCUGUAGCCAUUGACUUCAGGCACUGUUAGUGCUCCUCUUAUGUGUCUUGUUUUUGUAUGCUAAAGACACUUGCAGAGCAUCGACCUAUGUGAUUAUUGUAUCUUGGGUACUGUAUUUGCUUCAUCUCUAGUUAGAUUAGACUGUUUCCGUGGUACAGCAGCCUUUUGCAGAUGUUUGUUUUUUUGUUUUUUUGUUUUUUGGGGGGGGGGGGGGUUAUAUGCAAAUUUACUCAUGGUACUUCUUCUCUCUUGUGCUCGACUGUUCAUUUCAUCCUGAGCUUGACUCACAGAGCUGUAGAACAUUUAUGUACAAAAAAAAAAACAAAACAAAAAAAGGCAGUAAUAUAAUUCAUGUACAGUAUAUUUCAGACACACAUGCAGUCUGUGUAUGUGACUUUAUAAAGUUUCAUUGCUGUGUUUCUUCACGGAAAAUUUGCUAUGCUUUUAGAUUCUGUUUAAAGAUGCAAAUGAUCCAUCUUAAUGUGAGCCAAAUGAAGGAUGUCUUUUCAUGUAGCAAGAAUGGGGGGGGGGGGGUCCUUUUUGCCAUUUAGCAUGACCUCAGUGGUCUGAGAGAUUAUCCAGUAUAGUAUGCAUGGAGCCCUUCAUUUGGGUUGUUGUUGCUUUUUGCAGUGAAUAUACAGUAUUCACUGGUGUGUGUGUCUGUGUGUGUGGUCUUACUAUGCACAACAUGGUUGUAUGCGUAUAUGUUUUAGACUUGGGUUCAGUUCCCUUCCAGUGGCGUGGCAAUGAAUUUCUCCCAUUUGUUCGUGUUCAUUUGGCUUAAGGUGAAGGUUGUACCACCUCCGUUCAGUGUCACGUUCAAAGCACAGCAGUGUAGAUGCAGGGUUAUUCAGAUAUUAUGAUGAUCUCAAUGAAAAUGUUGAGUUGAAAAAAGGCGUCACAUGAUGUCGAUUUAAACUUGAUUCACAGUUUGUUUUUUUCUGUUUUCUGGAUGAAAAAAUAUAAAUAUAAAUAUUUCACAUUCUUACAUAUAGUAAUCCAAGAAUGCCAAAAAGAAGAAAAACUAUUUUUGUAGCGGGGGUCUAGAUGAGUCGAGGGUCCUUAAUGAUAGAAAAUGGAAAAGAAAAAAGUACUUUUUAAAAUCUUGGUCUUAUUUUGGUUCCUUUUUGUUGACAGAAUAAUCGACAUGAUGUUUUAAAAUUAGAUACUCGCCUACUCUGCUGGUCAUAAGGAUUAGUUCAAAAUCAAAUUUCAUCUGAAGACCCAAGCUUCAAACAAACUCAAUGUUUUUCUAUUUCUGAAAUGUUCAGUUUCAGACAUCAGGUAGUAACAUUUUCCCAGACAGACCAACCCAGUCAAACCUGUCAAACCUACCUUGACCUGAAAAGUUUUAAUCAUUUUGAUUUCAGUCAGGACAAAUCAUUGUACUGUACUUUGCACAGUUCUUGGCAAGUAAAGGACCCCAAGAAUUAAACUAGAGGUGACUGCGGUGCUUCUGAUUAGAGGGCUAUUAAAUAAAUAAGCACGAGUGAGAAAGAUUAGAAGUGCCUUUAGUCGUUGCGAUGGGCUGGUCGUGUCCCUGUUACCAUUGGAGCGUUGCUGCGUAAGACGAUACCACAACCACAUGUUGUGCCCCACGGUUCACACAUUUGCCAUUUAUCAAAACGAAGGGGUAUCUGGCAAAUGAACGUAGUUGUUGUGUGUGAUUGUGUGUGUCUGUGUGUGCGUGUUAGAGCAAAUCUGAGCAUGUUAUAGAUAAGAGAGUGGCAGAUAUUAGCUGUGCCUCUUUGGUGUUACAUUUAUAGUUGUUACAUAUUUCUUCUUUCUAUUGUGAGGCCUGUACAGUAGCUUGGAGCACCCAGGCUGGCUUACUUCAGUGUUUGUUUUAUUUCUUGUUUGUUUGUUUGUGUGUCUGGUGUAUGUUUUGAAUUAAACUCAGAAAAGACAUAGAAAUGUGAACAGUACACAUCCGUGGCUCAGACCAGUUUAAAGCUCAUUUGGUAAGCUCUCAAGUUAAUGCAUGCAGCAGUUCUCAGUGUUUUUGUAUUAAGUUAGUGAACAGGUGAUCUGAUUAAAUCAUCCACAUUAUUCAGUUUGUCGGACCAACACUUUUGUGACUGCACUUUUUUUUUUUUCUUUUUUAGCUGUUUCUCACACACAGACCAGUGUGUCGCCCAACAACCGUAAACUAACAGACAGUGGUGAUGCUGAGUAGUUUUAUAGUGUUUUUAGUUGAUAGUUUUUCAUUCAGUAUAUCAGGAAUGAUCGACAUUUUCAUUAUGAUAUCAUCAGAGUAUACAGUGUACAGUAUAAGCUUUUGUUGUUUGCAGUCAACAACUGUCUUGUAAAUCUGAUGCUUUUGACUGAUUGCAAUGUUUUCAUUGUAGAGUUAGUUUUACUGUGUGGACUGUGUAAACUCUGUAGUACUUUUCAAAGCAGCUUUAAGGAGAGCUGCUAGCUCAUUAUGCAAUUCUCAUCUGCACAGCGUAAGUGUCCAACUGAACAUGGAAACACGGAUCCCCCCCCAUCCACCCCCCCCUAAAAAAAUGCAAUUUUCACUCUCUCCUUGUGGUAUUUAAACAUGCAAACAACUGAAGGGUUGUUUAUAUCUACACUAUAUAGACCGAAGUAUUGGGCCACAGCUUAAUCUUUAAAUUAAAGUUUUUUUCAGUCCCUUUGCUGCACGUGCAUAAAAUCAAGCACCUACCCAUGCAGUCUGCCUUUACAAACAUUUGUGAAAUAAUGGAUUGUUAUAAAGAGCUCGCUGAAUUUGAGCUUGGUGCUGUAAUAAUCACUGUUACAACAAGUCGGUUUGUGAAAUUUCUUCCCUCGUAGAUGUUCCGUGAUCAGCUGUAAGUAGGAUUAUUGUUGCAAAGAGAGAGUGUUUAGAAACCAGCUCAGCCAUCAAGUGGCAGACUGCGUAAAGUUACACAGCGGGGUCACAUGGACUGUAAAAGUCACCAACGCUCUCUCAAUUACUGCAGAGCUUCAAACUUCCUCUGACAUUAACAUCAGCACAAAAACUGUGCUGAUGGAGCUUCGUGGCAUGGGUUUCCAGCUUCUGUAGGUGGCCCAGUGCCUCUGACCUUACAGUGUACUUUACAGUAAAGAGAUCUGUUUGCAGUGACUCUGUAUAUUAUCCAGAGUACCCAUGAUUUUUUUUUUUUUUUUUGA